GCAUAUCUCUGAAUUUCGAAAACAAAACAUGUUUUUUUUUGUUUUGUGGUUUAGGUAGGUGGCUAAGACCAUGGUUGGUUCAUCUCGUCACAUGUUAACGUUUAUGAAGUGUCUUUCCGUUCGUUGCUGGUUGAAUCGAUUUAGAAAUUUUCAUUCAAGAAGCAUGGCAAAUAGUCGGUAUGAAUAUGUGAAGAGUUAUGAAAUGCAUGACAUACUACAAAAAAAUUGCUGGAUUGUAGUACGCGUCGACGGUAAAGGUUUUCAUAAGUUUUGUGAAGCUCACAAGUUUACUAAGCCAAACGAUGAAAACGCAUUGAAUCUCAUGAAUUUGGCCGCGGUUGCGGUCAUGCAGGAGUUUAACGAAAUAACUCUUGCUUAUGGACAAAGUGAUGAAUAUUCAUUUAUAUUUCGGAGAGACACCUCUAUCUAUGGCAGACGACGCGACAAACUGAUAAGCUACGUGGGAAGUUUAUUUACGUCAGCCUAUGUCUGCAAUUGGUCUUAUAUAUUUAAGAAUGCAUUGACCCCGAAAUAUCCACCGACGUUUGAUGCUCGGGCAGUAUUAUAUCCCACGGAUCAAAACCUUCGUGAUUACCUCAGUUGGAGGCAAGCGGAUGUUCAUAUUAACAAUCUUUAUAAUACUACUUUUUGGAAUUUAGUUGAUUCGGGAUUGACUAACGCAGAGGCCGAAACACGUCUACGCGGAACACUUUCCAGCGAUAAAAAUGAAAUACUUUUUCAAGAGUUUAAUAUCAACUAUAAUAAUGAGCCAGCAAUGUUUAGAAAAGGAACGAUUUUAAUGAGGAAGCAAAUAGAGUUUCCUAGUGGGAAGUGCAUUUCUUGCAUCGCACCUUUUUUCGAGGAUAUGAUAGGAGAUAGUUUCUGGGACCGACAUUCCGAAUUAUUGGAUAAGUCAAAAACAGGCAAUAGGAUUAUCUAUGACGAGAAGACAAAUAGUGUUAUAUUACAAUAUCAAGUCGAAUGCUAUAACCGAAGAAGGGGUUUGGAUUUGCUUAAAAUUUAAGGUGAAUUAAUUCUCAUGUUAGUUUUGAAAGCAUUUUUUUUGUUUUGUAUAGGUAACAUGCUGAAUGAGCCUUCCAAGUGGCCUUCGAGAUACGACGCUGGUCUAACAUGCCAGUCGUCAUAUGUUGGAAUUACAGCUUAUAGAGGCUCUUACAGUCAAUAGGAGCAUAGCAUUAGUUGACUGCGAAGUUGAAUAAAAAUAGCUCAAGUAGCACCUGGGCUUUGCUUUGCAAUAACAUGUUGAACUAUCGAGAGAAAAAACAACAGUUAAUUUAAGAUUGGUUGUUUUGGUUAAGGAACUGAUUUACACAUGUAAAAUCGACACUUAGCAUAACUGAAGUUUUUAUCCACUAUCUGAAAUGUCGGAAUAUGCAACUUUAAUGUACAGUCAACUUUCGCUCGUUCGACUACGUUUUAAUACGUAGGGUCAGGUGGGGCAAGACGGGUCACCUAAUGAAAGUACCCGAUGCGUUUUUCUACGCAUUCAAUUUUAACCCACUAAUCAUUUAUUUAGAUGGAGUCACUAAUAAUCUCUUCCUAAAAAAUCAACAAGUCCGAUUUUUCGAGGAUCAUAUAUUUUUUGUGAAUACAUUGAAAAGAUAUGUUAUUUUAAGCUCUCAAAAGUGGAUCAAAAUGCGGGGCAAAAUAGGUCUAACAAAAAGCGAAUUUUUUUUAUCGAAAACCUUUAUGAAUUCUUUACAGAAACCAAAAUUAUUUAUUGGUGCUGCAGAAAAACGACUUCUAUAUUUCAAAAUUGGCGACAAAAAUGAACAAAUAGAAACAAAAUAAAAAUUAUAUCAGAAAAAAAGUGAAAUGUUGAAAAACUAACCUUUUCCCGGAUUAACUGUUGUGUGGAUAAAAUAUACGCCGGGCCAGCUAAAAAUAGUCAUUUACAACAAUAAAGAAACUCAAAUACAAAUAUAUGGACAAACAUAGGGUGCCACACAAGCUUUUUUCAAUGUGACCCAUCUUGCCCCUCUUGAGCUGGUAGAACAAUAUACAUGUUUAUAAUAUUUUUUUUUGAAACGAUGGUUCUACAAUUGAUGAAGGGACGGUAAGGGAAAGUAAAUGAAGAAGGAAUGAGGGGAAGAGUGGAAAGGAAGGGGGGUAAUAGGUAGCUACGCUUAACAAGUUGUCGUUGUGACUCCUAUGAGAGGUGACCAUUUUUUUACAAGAGCUCGGUUUAAGUCAUUGUGAUAAGAAAUCGAAUGAUUUCUCAUUUAGAAAUGAAAUUAUCUAAAAAGAUGUUCAAAAGGGUUCAACUCUAGACUGAAUGCUGAUGUUUCGAUAGCGCUAGGACAAUUGUAUGGUGCCUACCGCUCACAAUUAUCGACAGUAUGUUUAGAUUCAACAUCCCAGUACAAUAUGUAUGUACCACACAAUUGACCUGUUCGACAGAAACUUAUGCGAUGACGGUGGUGAUCUUUGGAACUAGCAGAACGGUGAGAAAGUUGACAGUUUGCUUGAAGAAUCGGAAAAAAGUUUACUUUUUUAAUUUUCUUAAUGUAGUCGAACAAUGUACAAGUAAAAUUAGUAUUGCAAAAUGUAAGAAAAUUGAGUCCUUUAUUUUUGGUAUAUACUUUGUCAGUGGUUUGUUUACAGUAUAUAUGAGAAAAUAAUGUUUUUGUAUAUUUAUGCGACAACAAACAGGUUACAUAUCACGCUAAAUUAUAAAAAUCCACGUGCUUGAGUGGUAAAAAACUUGUUUUUUGUGAAAUUAAUAUAAACCAGGCUAUUGCAAGCAAGAUACAGGAUAAUUAAAGAGAACAUUCAUAUUUUCAUGUAGUGCCGGAGCAAUAUGGUUCGAUAAGACUGAAAGAUAUUCAAAUCUCCAGAACUUUGACUUGAACCAAUACAAAACAAGCAUAAGGAUCUUGUAAAGUAGAAAAACAUUCCAAUAAUAUGCAAAAACCGCUUUAGGAUCACUUCUGUGUUCGAUUAGUUAACUCGCCACACUAACUUUUACAGUAUUCUUCAAAUUUAUGCUCUUUCAAUUCACUAUUUUAAAAGUGUUUUUAAAAUAACUUGUAAAAUAGCAAAUUUCUUACAAAACCUGAUAAAAAUUUAGUAAAGUUUUCAAUCGAAAACCAGUUAAAAAUUAAAUUUACUGAAAAUUUUUUAUGAAAUGUACCGCAUCUGACAUUUGUUUUCGUUUUUCUCACCAUCGCAAUAGGUAGCGACACGCUGGCAGUUUUUACUCAAAUUUGUCAAUUACAAUUUUGCUUCAAUUUCACCUAAAAUUGUUCAGAU